ACAAGCAAGCCAGCUGGAUCUCAUGGACGGACGUAAGCAUAUAGCAAUUGGGUACUAAUCAACUGGGCACUUUUUACACUCGCUUAAGUAUUUGUUUAUUGGUUAGUUGGUGUACGCGUGUGUUUCUAAAUAUGUAUGGGUGACUUGCACCGUUUAUGGCACCAGAUUCGCCGUUUAAUAGCACACAUUUCGACUGGUAUCGACGAUUGUGGAGGCUUUCGAGUAGUGGAAAAUCGUUGCGCCACCACUUCAAACGCGACCACAAACGCUAAAGCAAGCACUACGGGCAGCGCAGAAGAGAUCAGCAAGGUUCUGCGCCAACACGAAAUUCGAAAUUCGAGAUCGAAGUUCAGAAAUCGCGAAGCGCGUGAGCAAUCGGCGCGGGUGUGGAAAUAAAUUGAUACAAAAACCAAACUUUCGUUACCAAAUAUUUAUCAAACAAUUAAAAAAGUGAAAAUAAUCUGGAGAAAAAGUGAAAUAUUAAAAAGCAAUACCAAAAUAAAAUUUCAACUAAAAUCUUAAUAAAUAGAAAAACCUAUCAAAUUAAAAGAAAAAGGCAAAAAUAAAAAAAAUAUAUUAAAUUUAAAAUAUAAGCUUAAAAUCAUUUUAAAAAUUAAAAUUUGAAAAAAAUUUAAAAAAAUACUAUUUGAAGAUUUUCUAACUUUUUUUUAAUUAAAAAGCAAUUAAAGCUUGUUGGGCUCCCUGCCUACAGUUUAUGCGCGUUUUCAUUUCUGAAGAUUUACGACCGACAAAUCUUUAUUAUACGCCUUAAAAUGUUAGCAAAGCGGUGGAAAAGAAAUAAAUAAAGCAAAAAUUGACAGGAAUUGUUUAUACGGUAGCCAAUACAGACUAUCAGUGACGCAUAAAACAGAAGAAAACCGAAAUAAAUUUUAUGAUGCAAGUAAUCAAGCGACAGCGCUUACGACGAUUUACAAUAGAAGUCUAAAGUCUUUGCAAAACAAAUCAAAUUAAAAAGAAAUUAAAAAAUAAAAUUAAAUUAAUUUAGUUAAAUAAAAAAAAAUUAAACUAGUUAAAAAUAAAAAUAAAAUUAAUAAAAAAAUCAUUAGAUCAUAGAAGCACCAACAAAAUACUUAUAUAAAAAAAUCAUUCGUAUUGCCGACGGCGCUUGCAAAACCAUUAAUUUGUUAAACAUAUCUUUGGUAUAUACUAUAUAUUCCCGUGAAAAUAUAGAAGUAUAAUACCGCAUGGUUAGCAGCGUAAUCGCAGCGGCGCUUAUGUGUCAUCCUCAUUAAUUGUUAAUUGGACAAUUAAAAAGUGAUCGUCUUCAUGUGCCUAAACGCCUCUGCAACAGAAACGGCUUAUAGUGCGCUUGCUGCUGCUGGCUGCUGCUGUCGUCCGUCAAAUUGAAAUUUAGUGUAAAUAUCUGUAUCCUCAACGACCGAACCGGGAGGCGUGGAUUCUGGCUUCUAAGUAACGUACAGUGUUCAAUAUCGACGCAAAAAGUGUUUAAAAGUGAAAUCUAAUAACUCAAAAAUAUAAAAUUAAAAUUUCUUCCGCAUAUUUCUCGUCAAAAUGGCUAACUACAAUUCAAAUUGUGGCUAUUACGACGACUACAUCGGCUAUUAUACCAACACGAAUGUGUAUCAACAGGAUUAUUGCAUGCAACCCGAGUAUGAAUACAACAAACAUGAAUAUGAUCUAUUCGACACGAAGGUGCCGCCGUCGCAACGCUCCUCCGGCUUUCACAUAUCGGACAUACUCAAUUUGGAUGGCAGCGAGCUGAAGAAUGGCGUCGUGCCACCUCACGCCGCUGCCGCUGGCCCGCACAGCCAAACGGAUAUUAGUCAACAUACGCAGCAGCAGCAUCAUCAUCCUAGCCACCUGCCCCAUCAUCUGCCUCAGCAUCACAAUAACAAUAACACCAGCUUACACAACAACAACAAUAAUAGUAAUAGUAAUGGUGAGGCUCACAGCGCACACUUAACACCACCGGCAUCAGUUUUGGGCGGCACCGGUUCCAACAAUGCCUUAACGGUACCCAGCGAUGAUCAAACAACGCAACACUCCACCGGCACCACACCAACACCAGUAGCUGGUGGCGGUGUAGUCAAUGGCACCGAUACCAACGGACAGUCAGUUACAGCACAUCAUCAAAGUUCCGCAGCUGUGGCGGCGAAUGCUGCUUCAGCUCAGGCCACCGCUCAUCUGAUAGCCAGUCAUCACAAUGCCGUGGCCGCGGCAGCCGCAGCCGCUGCUGGACAAUAUUUGCCAAAGAACUUCACCAGUUUUAGUGAUGAAUUGUCAUCAUAUCACCAGAUGACGCACACUGUGUUGGCGCAUCCGGCGCGUAGCGCGUGGAUUAAAGAAAAUGAGCUCUAUGGCAUGCAACAGCCAGCCAGUCCUGAUAGCACCUCACCACACACCUCCGAGGUCUCUUAUACCUACAUUGGAUCCAACUGUCAAACCUCGCCAGCGCUCUCUGGUGAUUACAAAACCUACAGUCGUUCAGCCGAAAGCGAUGCCCUCUCCGUCGGUGAUGCAAAUUCGUUGCAUAUGCAAACUCAUGCCGGUGCCGCGGCACACCAACAGCUGCAUGCGCAUCAUCAACAGCUCAACAAAAGUAUGCCAGGCAGUGGUGGUGGUGGUGGCGGCACAGGCGCGGACAAUACCAGCGCCGGCGGCUCCUCCUCCAACCCGCACGACGACAGCCUCAUUGAGGAUGGCAUCGAGGAGGAUAUUUUGGAUGAUGAGAACGAUGAAGAAAACGGUAAUGGCUCUGCCAAUGGUGCCGACGGCAUGCCAAAUAAGAAACGUAAACGACGCGUGCUCUUUACUAAAGCACAAACCUAUGAAUUGGAAAGACGUUUCCGCCAACAGCGUUACCUAUCAGCGCCGGAGCGCGAACACCUCGCCAGUUUGAUACGGCUAACGCCGACGCAAGUCAAAAUUUGGUUCCAAAAUCAUCGCUACAAGACGAAACGCGCACAAAAUGAAAAAGGCGUCUACGAGCAUCAUCCCGCCAUGCAUCCGCACCAUGCGGCCGCGCUGCCGUCACCGCGACGCGUAGCCGUACCGGUUUUGGUGCGAAAUGGCAAGCCAUGCUUGGCCGAUGGCACAAAACUGCCGCAGGAUUGCAUGACACAGCAAAUGCAAAAUGCGGCUGCAGCGCAUAAUUUGGUGUUGCAUGCAAAUGGCGCCGCGGCCUAUCAACAUGCGGCUGCAGUGGCAGCAGCGGGUCUACAUGCAGCGCAUGCGCACUCACAUCAACGACCAUGGUGGCCCUAAUAUUGUUGAGAGCUGGUGGAUCGGAUGUGGCAACGUGGAACUGGCGCUGGUGCAGUAUGAAAAUGACAACAUUAAAAGCAGCAAUAACAAAAGCGUUUUGGGUGAUAAUUUUGUGUAAGCUUCAGCAGAUGUAGACUUAAGCUUAUGAAAGCUUUGUCAAGCUAGAAUUCAUGAAAGCACAAACCUUCAACUAUUGAAAGCUUCGUAUUAUGAGAGCUCAAAUUGGUGAAAGCUCCAUGUUGUGAAAGCUUCGUAUUAUGAAAACUCAAAUUGGUGAAAGCUUCAAGCUAUGAAAGCUCACACGCAAAUUAAAAUUGGCUGGAAAACAUUUUUUUGAGACAGCAGUUGAUAUUUUAACGGCGCUACUCGAAUAUUGGACAAUAAAUUCAAAAGCACAGAAAAGUAAACAAAAACACAAAAUACACAAACAUUUUUAGUGUCGUAUUGGCAGUCGCUGUGGUGCAAUAAAAUCAGUAGAAAAAUUAAACUUCAUAAAAAAUUUUAAAGAAAGAGGCAAGCACCAUUUCGGAAAAGUGUAAAUAAAUUAAGAAAAAAAUUGUAAAUAUCAAUAAAAAUGUUUUCGUGUUAAAAGUAUGUUGUAAAUAACUUUAUUUGAAUAGUUUUAUAGAAAAAUAAAUAAAUUUUCAUGGAAACCUUUCAAACAAAAAAUUCUGAAUUUACGCUCUUUUCAAAUAUGUCCACGUUCCAAUUCACACUUUUGAAGUAAUUUUACGCUUUUCACAUUAUGCGAAAACCAAAAUGCAAACUAUACAAUAUAUUUAAGCCAAAAGUAUACCAUAAACAUAGUUUAAAGUUAUAUAAAUUAAGUUAAAAACACAAAAUAUUGGAAUUAACAGUUACAAAAAUUCAAUAUUUUUACUAGUUUUUAAAUUUCUGUACAAA